AUGUCACAAGAGUCGUCGCAAGGACUGUCGCAGCCGUCGUCGGUAGCCGACAUACCUCGAAAUGUCUCGCAGGAAGUCCCGAGCGGUCGACCCCCUCUAGACGCCUCGACCAUUUCAUCGAAGCUCGUCAGCACAUCGGACUACGUAUCUGUCUCGGCCGUUAAAUCCGCUUCCGCUGUCCUCGGUUCCGCGCAUGUCCCCGCCCAUGACUCACUCAGCGCCCGGUCCGCCACCGCGGAGGUCACGAGCUCGUUAGUCACGCCGUCCGCCUCCGCGCAUGGCGGAGCCUGCGCGCAGCCGGCGGAAGACCUGCGGAGCGGGAAGAGAAUGCGGACGGAAACCGGCGCAGUUGACGCGGCGUGGGGGGGAGGCGCGGUAGGUCCGGCGACGCCGGAGCACGCGGGGUCGGACUCGUCCGCGCCGGGCGGCGCUUGGGACGUGAGCAACGUGCAGAUAUCGCAGCUGCUACAGGAGAUGGACAUGUUCUUUCCGCCCGACGACGACGAUCUCAGCGCCUUCGCGCUCGCGUUCGACGACGAACCGCUCGACGCCAGCGCCGCCGCGAACGCCAUCGCCGCCGCGAAUGGCGCUGCGCCUGCGUUUCCCGCGCAGGACUCCAUCGGGGAGAUUCUGAACGGACUCUCGUCUGCCGGCCCAACCUGCGCCGAUUUGCCAAACGCUGUUCCUGCCGUGCCGGCCGUAAGCGUUCCGAGCGUUAGCUUGCCGGCCGACCUGGUGCCUGACGUGCAUGCCAUGCGCCGCGCAGACUCCGCGGACAGCGCGGGAGUCACUCCGCAGAGCCUGUCGGGGCUGGGUAGUCCGCAUAGCAGCCUGACCGCGGGUGAAGCGGGCGGAAGCACUGGCGGAAGCGCCGGAGGCGCUCCGACGCUGACGUCCGUUGAGAGUGCGGAACUGCGGGGGGACUUUUCGCGCGUUUGCUGGGUUGGGGAAGCGGAGAGGCCCGCGGAAGGGGGAGCGGCGGAGCAAGAAGGGGGAGGGGGACAAAUAGGGGAAACUGCGCUUGCGGGGAGCGCGGGAACUGGGAAAGGCACGGGUGGGUGGCGCAAGCAAGUACCUGCCACGUCAGCGUUUUCGGGGGAAAACGGUGGCGGGGAGGAUAAUGACGCAAGCGGAAGCGGCAGGACUGGGGGCGCGAUUCCCGGCGCGCGGUCGCUGAGUUUGGGGAGCCAGUUCCGCCGGCAGCAGAUCCUGCAGACGCUCUCCUCUCCGCCCGCCGCCCCGCAGGCGAUGCAGUCACAGGCGCAGCAGCAACCGCAGCAGCAACAGGCGGGGAUGCGCCCCGCGGGCGCAAUGCCUCCCCCCGUGCUGCCCCCUCGGCAUCCCCAGCAGCAGGCGCAACCCCCCAUGGCGCAGCAGGCGCAGCUGGGGCAGCAGCAGGGCGCAGAGGAACAGCAGGGAAACCGUUGGGAGGCGGAGGCAUUGCCUACACGGGGGCCGCUGGGCGGUGGGGUAGGAGGAGGAGGAGGAGGGGGAGGGGGAAGAGGGGGAGGGCUGCUGAGAGUGCCAUCGGACUAUCUAAGGCUGCUGGCGGAGAGCCAGGAUGGGGGGAAGCGCGCGCGGGGGGCGGAGAGCGAGUGGCGCGCGCAGCAAGUGAAUCGCAUGCUGCAGGCGCAAGCGGAGCAGCAGUCGCUGCACGCACAGCAGCAGCAGCAGCAGCAAUCUAGUUUUGAGACGUCUCAAAACCAGCAGCAGCAGCAGCAGCAGCAGCAGCAGCAGCAGCAGCAGCAGCAGCAGCAGCAGCAGCAGCAGCAGCAGCAGCAGCAGCAGCAGCAGCAGCAGCAGCAGCAGCAACAGCAACAGCUGAUACUGCGAAACCAGCAACAGCAAUCGUUGCAGCAGCAGCAACAACAGCAGCAGUGGCAGGGGCAGCAAGAGCAGGUAGCACGCGGCGGGUCAGUGGUGUUGAGUGCGGGCAUGAAGAGCGACUCUGUGGCCAGCGCUGACAUCACCGCGCUCCUCGAGGCCUACCCUCUCCUCCCGCAAUCGUUGCAAGCACAGCAGCAGCAGCAGUCGUUGCAAGCACAGCAGCAGGGAUGGAACCAGUCUCCUCCCUUUCAACCACAAGCAGUCCUACAACACCCCAACGGACUGCAGCAUGUGCCACCCGCACAUGCCAUGCCACCCGCACAUGCCAUGCCAUCCGCACAUGCCAUGCCACCCACACAUGCCAUGCCACUCGCACAUGCCAUGCCACCCGCACAUGCCAUGCCACUCGCACGACCACCACCAGUAGCUUCUGCAAGCCUUCCUCAAGGGGCCUCACCAGGGGAGGCAGUCACAUCUGACCACACGCCUCUGGCUGCGCCCCUGCCGCCGCCCUUCCGCCCAGUGACGUCCCCCAUGGAGGUGGCGCUCAUGGAGUGUGCCGCGGCCGUGGACAGGCGCGACCUGGGGCAGGCGCACUCCCGCAUGUCCGCCCUCGCGCACCUCGUGUCACCGCACGGCACCGCACAGCAGCGCCUGGGGUACUACUUUCUUGAGGCGCUGGCGGCCAGGAUUGCCGGCACUGGGUCGGCUAUUUACAAGGCCCUUCAGUCGCGGCAGGGCAGCCAGCCCGGUCCAUCCAGCAAAGCGAUGCUGUCAGCAGUGCUGGUGUUCUGUGAGGCGUGCCCGUGGAUCAACUUUGGCCACCUGGUGGCAAACGGCAGCAUUCUGGAGGCGGUGGAGGGUGCAAGGAGGGUGCAUGUGAUCGACCUGGGCAUCACUCACGGCACGCAGUGGCCCACGCUGCUCGAGAGCCUCGCCACUCGCCCUGGCGGCCCGCCUCAUUUGCGGAUCACGGGGGUGGACGCUCCACUUACUGGCCUCAAGCCUUCCUCGCUCGAGGAGACGGGGCGGCGGCUGUUGGCGUUUGCGCGGGUGAUAGGAGUGCCGUUUGAGUUCACGCCCAUCACAGAGCAGCUUGACGACCUCAAGGCCGAGCACUUCGCAGUGAGGAGCGACGAGGUGUUGGUGGUGAACUGCCUGUUGCGGCUGCACCAGAUGCGUGACGAGAGCAGCGCACCGCAUGUGCCCAGCCAGCGCAACUGCACGCUUCAGAUGAUCCGCUCCCUCAACCCCGCCAUCGUCACUCUCAUUGAACAGCACGCGGAUCACAACAUCCCCUCCUUCCUCUCGCGCUUCCGCGAAGCACUACACUACUUCAGUGCGCUCUACGAGUCGCUAGACGCCAGCCUACCCUGGAACAGCACGGAGCGCGCGCUAGUGGAGGAGAGGAUAUUCGGGCGCAAGCUCGUCAACAUCAUCGCCUGUGAGGGGCGCGAGAGAGUGGAGAGACACGAGAGCCACGCCAGGUGGCAUGAGCGCAUGCAGCGCUGUGGGUUCGUGCCACGCGCUGUCAGCGCUGACGUGGAGGAGAACGCGCAUCUGCUGCUGAAGCGGUACAGGGAGGGGUACGGCAUAGAGCGGCGGGGCGAUGCGCUCAUCAUCACGUGGCGCCACGAGCCCUUCUUUGCCGCCUCCAACUGGUGCUGCCGCCCCGCCGCACUGCCACCACCCACCCUCACACCCGCACCCACACCCUCCCUCACACCCGCACCCACACCCUCCCUCAUACCCGCCCCCACACUCACUCCCACUGCUGCUCCCGGUGCUGCGCCUGCUGCUGCAGCUUUGCCCUCCACCGACCCUGCCCCCUCUCCUGCUGCUGCCGGCUCCUCCUACGCACUCCCAUCUCAGCCUGCCGCCCACCCCACAUCGGCUGGCUUCGUGCCUUCCAGCGGGUAG